GCUAUUGUCUCCCACGGUUCUCUUCCUUUUGAUCCUUCUCUCAAUUCCACUUUAUUCACAGCCUACGGAUUCGUCAUUCAUCCACUAUGGGGUCAUCAGUGGAAAUGGAAUCCGUCGAUCUCGUUAUUGUCGGAGCAGGAUGGUCCGGCCUCUCCGCCCUCAAAACCUACCACGAGGUGCACCCCACCGCCCGCAUCCUCCUGCUGGAUAGCGCCACCACCAUCGGCGGCGUCUGGGCCGCCCACCGCCUCUACAAGGGCCUCAAAUCCAACAACAUGCUGGGCACCUACGAAUACAGCGACUUCCCCAUGGACAGCGCCACCUUCGGCGUGAAGCCAGGCGAACAUAUCCCCGGCCACGUGCUGCACCAGUACCUCAAUGCAUACGUGGAUCACUUCAACCUUCGGGAUAUGAUCCGACUAGAGACGAAGGUGGAGGUCGUGGAGCAUGUGGAUGAGGAUGGAAGUUGGACGCUCACCACCUCCCCUACUUCUUCCUCUGACAUUGAGAAGAAAGACAGCAUCCACACGAAGAAACUCCUCCUCGCAACAGGAAUGACCUCCCGACCCUUCCUCCCCCACUUCCCCGGACAAGAAACCUACCCCCACCCCAUCACCCACACCGGCACUCUCCUCCCCCACCAAGCCACCCUCUUCCAGAAAGAUAGGAAAGUAGUCAUCUACGGCGGUACCAAAUCCGCCUGGGAUGCCGUGCACACCGCCGCCACGUCCGGGGCCAACGUGACCUGGAUCAUCCGAUCCACGGGCCACGGGCCUACCUGGAUGUCUCCGCCGUACGUGACUCCUUUGAAGAGAUGGUUCGAGAAGCUGCUCACCACGCGACUUCUCACAUGGUUCUCGCCGUGUAUCUGGGGCGAUGCAGACGGGUGUUCUGGUAUCCGAUGGUUCCUGCAUUCUACCUGGUUAGGACGGAAGAUCGUAAAUGCGUUCUGGGCCGUGCUGACGAACGACCUACUAACCCUGAACAACUACGAUGGCCACGAGGAAACGAAGAAGUUGAAGCCGUGGAUAAGUCCGUUCUGGGUUGCUAGUGGACUGAGCAUCUUGAACUACGAGACUGAUUUCUAUUCUCUGAUACGGGAGGGUAAGGUCCGGGUGGUGAUCGAUGAGAUUAUGGAGCUUACGGAAGGUGGCGGCAUCUCUCUUGGUGAUUCCGGGGAGGUGGUGCAGAGUGAGGGGCUGAUUUGUGCCACGGGCUGGGAGGCGACGCCGAAUAUGGAAUUUAGACCUGCGGAGAUUGAGAGGGACUUGGGGUUCCCUUGGGCGGAGGAUUACCUGGCGACGCCGAUGGUGAAGAGGGCAGAUCAGGAGAUCUUGACGCGGUUCCCGAAGCUAAGGGAAUCGCUCAGUGUCGGGGUCAAUGCGAAGGAGGAUUAUCGCCCCUUGGCGAAGGGGGCACCCGCUACGGCGAAACAUCCGUUCCGGUUGGUACGGUUCAUGGUGCCGGCGGCGUUUAUGAAGGAGCGGUCGGUGGCGGUGCUGGGGACGCCGAUGACGGUGAAUACGCCGCUGAUUGCGCAGGUGCAGGCGCUGUGGGUGGCGGCGUUUAUGGGAGAUGGGAUGGGGGUGAAGGCGCGGGAGACGUGUCCGGAGGAGUUGAAGAAGGGACUACUAACAGAAGGAGAGGUGGACGGGGACGUGGUGUGGGAGAUGGCGCUGCAUACGCAAUUCGGGAAAUAUCGGUGCCCGGGAGGGUUUGGAAAGAGGAAUCUAGAUACCGUCUUUGAUACGUUGCCGUAUAUUGAUCUGUUGUUGCAGGAUUUGGGGCUGGAUUGGCGGCGGAAGGGGAGUCUGAAGUGGUUGAAGCCGUAUGGGAUGGAGGAUUAUAAGGGGUUGGUGGAGGAGUGGUUGAAAUGAUCUAUCUCUCCAUAACUUAUCUUAGUAGUACUAGUAGUACCUUUUGUGAAUAGG